UAACUGUAAACAAAACAGCAAAUUAAAAACAUUGAAUUGACGGAGAUUUGUGUGUCCUUGUAUUCUCACGAUUCUCAUUUCCAAAUUUAGAUGUACAAAUGGAUUAAUGUUACACUAAACAAGGCCUAUCGAAGAGUUUUUAACAUGGCUACUCAAUCUUCUCUUGAUCCUUUAAAAGAGCUACUACAGGUUAUUUAUGAAACAAAUCCACCGACUAAACCUGUCAUAGGUUAUUCAUGGGUUCCUAGAUUUUUGGAGCAACCACCUGUUGAAAUGACGAAAGCUUUGAUAUGCGGAGUGGAUUGCGAUGAAGUAUAUCCUAACAUAUUUGUUGGUGAUGAAGGGUCUGCUAGGAAAAAAGACUUUCUUCAGGCUGUUGGUAUCACUCAUGUCUUGAAUACAGCAGAAGGUUCAAAUUUUGGUCAAGUUAAUACAGGAACAAAUUUCUAUGCUGAUGCAGGAAUAAAAUAUUUGGGCUUUGAUUUAAUUGAUGCUCCACGAACAAGAAUAAUUGAUUAUUUUGAUGAGGGUGUCAAUUUCAUUGAUGAUGGUGUUAGUAGUGGUGGAAAAGUUCUUGUCCAUUGUUUGAUGGGUUUAUCAAGAUCUGCAACAUUUGUGGCUGCUUACCUUAUGAUCAAAAAGAAUAUGAAAGCCAAAGAAGCAUUGCGCACCAUCCGCAAACAAAGGGAAGUGAGACCAAAUGAUGGUUUUUUAGUCCAACUUUUACAACUGGAAGCUAAGGGUUUGGAUAAAUAACAGUACUGUGGUAAUAUUCAUGUGAUUUAAAAAUAAGCGAACUUGAGCAUUUGUAAGCUGUUUGUAAUAUGUCAUUAAGUAUACCUUUUUUGUACUGUUUUAUUGCUAUUUUAAAAUGUUUAAAUAGAUUUUCUGUGAAAGAUAUCUAGAGUAUUAUUAAUGAAGAACUGAAAUUUUUUUUAUGAUACAAAUGAAUUAAAAAAAAAUCUUCAUGUUCAUUCAAAUUUUAAAUUUUGAUAAAUACAUUUAUAUAUUAACAUUUAAAUAAUUCUAAAAGCUUGUAUAUGCAGUUAUAAAAAUGAUCAUUUGAUUAUUUAAUUUAUGAUUGUGAUUAUUUUAAUUUGAUGUGAGGUUUGUUCUUACAAUCAGAUUAUAUAAUAGUAAUGAAAUGAGACUUUUUAAAGAUAUAGUUUAAUCUAUCUAAAUACUACAUAAAAUUAUAGUGAUAGCUAUUUUAAAUAUGCCUCUAAAUCUUCAAACAGUUUUGAAAAAAGCAUUUUCAAAUAAAUGGUAUUAGACUCAAUAUUUAUUCUUUCUAAAACUUAUUCUUCAAAACAUUUUUUUUCCUUCCUUUUAUUAUAAAGCACCAGUUGCUGAUUAAAUAUGUAAUACAAAUUGAUGAUAUACAUUAGCUGUUUGUAAUAUAAAGAAUGAAUUCUUAAUAAGUUUAAUUAUAUCUUAUUGAAUUUAAUCAGUAAUACAAAGUAACUCAAAGAAGUUUGCAGCUGUGUUGAAAUGGUUUUUUCCUUCUUAUAAAUUUGUAUUAUUUUUUUUAUCUGUGAUUAAUUAAUUGAUACUUCUACGAACACUAAAAAAAUGAUAUAAAAUCAUAUUCAGAAGAAAUUAUUCAGAAUAUUACCAUGAGUUUCUUUUUAUUUCAAUUUCUAACAAAUCUUGAUCUAAAAAAAUAAAAUCCUCUUUUUUUAAAAAAUUUGUAUUCAACAAGUGAUUUUUUUUGCCUUCUGACCAUGACAUAUUUAUUCUUUUAUCCUUAAUGUUCCUGUAUUUUCUAUAAAACACAAAUUUGUACAUUCAUUUCAUUGUUUUUUUUUAUUUUACUCUAAAACAAAAAUCAGUAUCUAAUGCAGUAUAUAAUUCUAAUUUUCUGUCAAACUAGUAAUAAUACCUCCUAAUUUUAUGCAAAUGCAAAAUGCUAUUUUUUUUCUGUCUUUAGAUAAAAUGUAUGUUUGUACAUCCAGAUUUUGUAUUAUUCUUUGAAGGAAAGUUACUUGAAUUACUUUUGGUUUCAUUGGAAUUGAUGCUUACUUGUAGUAUCGUAAACUGAUUUCUCUAAAAUUUUAAAUAUUUAAUUGUUAAUAACACAAAUGAACAAAAUUGUACCUGAAAAAUAUAAGGUCACAAUACUGACUUUAUAAGAGUUAUAUACAUAUCAGUAAAAACUUUUUUUUUAAUCAUAAUUUAUAUAUGUUUAAUAGUGAUUUACAUUGGUUUAUUAUAAUUUUAUACUCUAGGUAAAGCUAUUGGGAUUUA